CCCCUACUCCGUCCAUCCUCAUUCAUCAAUGUUCAAUGAUUCGCUGCCACCAUCCAAGAAACUUAAGACAAACGGAAAUACAACAGUCGCAUUCGAGGAAAGCAGGGAGCUCACUCACGCCGAACUUUGGGACGAUUCUGUGCUCAUUGAUGCUUGGGAAGCUGUCCAUGAAGAGUAUGCCGCCUAUCACGGAGGCGAUAUCGCCUUGAAGACAAAUCCUACGAAAAGAUCACCAUUAUGGUAUAACAUCCCCUUCGAUGAUUCAAAGAUCAAAGAAAACGUUACCGAAUAUUCAUCGUCCCUGGAAGAGGAUGACGAUGAGGCGGCGGACCAAGACUAUGACGACGAGGCAGACCAUGGCGACUCCAAACCCAUCAAUUUUGACACUUUCGUUCCGUCCCACGACGCAUCCCUCGAUGUCGGAGAUGACCCUGUCAUCGCGCCGUCGUCCAGUAGCCUCCCUGCUCCCCCCGCGGAGACGGUUUCUCAGGACGAAGCGUUUACAAGGGCGGUUAAUGCUAUGUACUGGGCCGGAUACUGGACGGCGAUGUACCAGUGUCAGAGAAAUGAUGAUGAGGAUCAAGUUGAGGGCAUGGUCUCUGAUAUUGUCUCGACUCAGAGAUGAUGGAGGUUUUCGCUACUUUUCUUGUCAAUGUAAAAGAUCGACCAUGACCGGGAAAAAAAAACGGGCCUAACACCGCUCUGCCUUUAGCCUGUCUUUUUCGGUGGCGCACGUGAAUAUUUGAAGGCCCCAGAACUUCAUUGUUUCCCCCCG